AUGCCGUCACCGAUUAUGCCGUCACCGACCAUGUCAUCACCACGACCGGGACCACUUCCUCAGGCGAAACCGCAAGUCAAGGCAAAGUCGCCAAAAAAACAACCUGCUGUGCGAAAGAGAUUGUCCAGCACACCAAUGCGCGAAAAAUCGCUGAUCGCUCUUGCUGCAAAAGUACGGCAACGAAAAGAACCAAAGCCGUCGACAGAAAUCUUUGUACCACAAAUCGACUCAGCGUUUCUACUGCCGGAGACGUGUGGUGAUAUCGUGGGUGUCGUUAAACCAAUGGAAGUGGAUGUCCGCCCCACGGACAACAUACUGCCGCGAUCUGGUCUUCCCGUCAUCAAAGGUAAUAAGGAUAACGACGGGAUGCUGCUGACCAAUGGACAACCGUUCUGGUUCACGGAUAUGCCACCUGACGAAACUGAUGACGAACUUGUCAUGAACGCAUCGGUGCUGAUCGAAGUGAUGGAAAAUCGUCGCAAAUUAGUGCCCAUGCCAGAUAUUGAAAUCGUGCUGGAUCCAAUGGAGGAAACUACUGUGCUAGCGGCUAGGGAUAAAUCUUGUUAUACGAGAGAUGUACUGUUCGGCAACACAGUGCGCAGGCCGGAAGAAGGCAGUUGCUCCCGUGGAACCAGACGAGUUGAGAUCGCUGGCUAUGGAAGUGCCAACGGUCUUGCAUUUGUACUACAGGAAAACCUACGACCAAUUCUCAAGGAUUCCGUUUGUACCUACACCCAAGAAGCCACCACUGUCGGGUUGCUGAAACUUCGUUGA